UUUACUUCAAACAAAAGAAAUAAUAGUUGUUCAAUCAUGUCAAAAGUUACUUUUCAACUAAUUUGUCUUUUAAUUUCCAUCAAAAACUGUAUUUUUCUACCUACCAAUAAACAUAUGAAAGAAACUAUGUAUAAAUUAGCGGAAGCAGAAUUAUCUAAAUUUCCAGUUAUCAUGAUGGAAAUUCCAAUGAAAGUUGAUAUAAAUAAUCCAUUACUUAAAGGACUGCUGGAGAAGGAAGCAGAAAAAUACAAAAAAUAUUAUGAAAAGUCUUAUGAACCUCUCAUUACCAACAUUCGUAGUAUCAAACAUUUAAUAAAAAUCCAAUCUGAAUUUAUAUUCCAUGUGACAUUUGGAGCCAGUAAUUGUACCAAAGGAUUAAAAGAACAUUGCGUUCUUAUACCAAAUGGAGAGAAUGAUGAAUGCAUCAUCGAUGCUUAUUCCCUCUUUCGCUCUACUGAUAAUAAAAAUUAUCGAGUCUUUCUUUAUUGCACUCAAGAUGUAUUAAAGGAAUACCAGAAAUCUCCAGUGAAUUUAUUAAAAAUACAACCUUAUGUUUUCUCACCAAUUGUUCUUCGAAGAUGGUCGUUAAGAUAAAAUUGUGAC